UGAUAUUGUUACUUCUUAAUCAUCGCGUUAUGUAACCGGACAGUAUACAGACAAAUGUCUUUGUUUUGGUCGUGAUUCUGGAGGAUUACAGAAAAUAACUGGAUAACUAUACCAACAAUCGUUCAACUCAGCCCAUUCCAUCGUGACGAUUCAACCACAGGAACAAUAAUGAAGUUGUUACUAAUCAGCAUUGUGAUGUUUAUACUAGUUGGUGGAUCUAGUUGUGUUAAACCUAGCAAAUAUCCUCGAUGCUGCCCAUUCAACAUUGACAUAUGUAAAAAUAAUACUAAUUCUGAUAAAGAUAAAGAGGAGAGAAUAUUUCCCGGAUUGUUCGUGAACAAAACGUUUCUAGAAAAGAACAAUAAAUCAGUUGGUACUAUCAUGAAAAGGAUGAAAUUUAACAUCACUGUUGCUGAAGAAGAGGGCCAACCGGUCAACAGAAUAAAACGAGAAACUCGCUGUAACUGCUGUGAAACGGAGUUUUUCUAUUCUGCCAUAAUGAGUGUUUAUUAUGAAGGAAAAGAGCACGAUGUUGUCCAGUACGAAGACAUUGGAAGCUACCAGAUCCUUACAGAGGGCGAUUGCCAAAUUAGUGAGUGCUCUUCAAGUUAUACAUGUCAAACUAUGUAUAAACUAGUGUGGAUGCUGAUAAAGAUAGAAUGCUCGUGGUCACCCGCAAUGAAAUUUGUUCCCGUCCUUUCGCCUAGCCACUGUGAAUGUCGGACGUAAACAAUAACCGAGAACAGUCUAUUUUGAGUAAUGACAUAUAACGCAAUCCGGUAGGAUUGCAACAAUGGUUGCAGCCGAAUGUAAGAAUAACAUUGAUUGAGUUGGUUGUGUUACAAUAAUAUGUACGUACAAUUCGUAUCUCAUGUAGAGCUGGUUGAUAUUUGUGUUCUAGAUGAAAAGUGAUUUAGAAAAUUAUUGAUCAAAGGUUUUUAUUUUCAUGAAGAUUCCAUCAAACAUCUUUAUGAACUGAUUCCUGGUUACAUUUGUGAAAAAGAUUCUCUAUGGAAAGGUUACAAAAGAAAAUAAAUUUAAUUAUAAAGGAU